AUGUCUUUUCUAAGGCUCAAGAGGGGCAACAUGCUGCUGAAGACGCUCUCUCUCAUCCUAAUGGGUAUGUUGCUUUCCUUUGUUCUUUGGGAAACUGGUACGUUGCCAAUGUCGGAUCUCAACAUACCACAGCAGUUCUCUGUUGACCUGCCCGGCUGCUCAGCUAUCAUCAAUGGAGAUGUACAGAAAAAGAAGACUGAAUUAGAAAGACUUCUGGCAUUCAGGACAAAGCCGAAUAUUUUUUCAGAGGACUUCUACCUUAAUGCAACAAAGAACUGUCCAGCAUACAUCAAAAAGAGAGGUUUCAUUACAGUGCCUCUGAGUGAAGAGGAGGAAACUUUUCCCAUCGCAUACUCAAUGGUGAUCCAUGAGAACAUUGAGAUGUUUGAGCGACUUCUACGAGCUGUUUACACUCCUCAGAACGUCUACUGCGUACAUAUGGACCUUAAAUCCUCCGCAGAUUUUCGAGAGGCAGUGAAAGCCAUUGUUUCAUGCUUUCCCAAUGUGUUUGUAGCCAGCAAAUUAGAAAGAGUGGUUUAUGCCUCAUGGUCUCGAGUACAGGCGGACCUGAACUGCAUGAAAGAUCUGCUGAACUCUGAGGUGGACUGGAAGUACCUGCUUAACACCUGUGGCACAGACUUCCCCAUUAAAACAAAUGGAGAGAUGGUAAAGGCACUGAAGGCUCUCAAUGGGCGAAACAGCAUGGAGUCUGAAGUCACCAAUGACUACAAGAAACAACGCUGGCAGUAUCAUCACAAUGUUACUGACAGUGUGAUCCAGACAGGCGUGAGGAAGAGCCCUCCACCCAUCAGCAGUCCCAUGUUCUCAGGAAAUGCCUACUUUGUGGUGACAAGAGCCUUUGUGAAACACAUAAUAGAGGACAGAGAGGUGCAGACAUUUCUGGAGUGGGAAAAGGACACAUACAGCCCUGAUGAGCACCUGUGGGCCACUCUGCAGAGGAUGCCCACUGUUCCUGGAUCAGCGCCUGCUAACAUCAAGUACGACAUGUCUGACAUGCAAGCCCUUGCUCGUGUGGUGAAGUGGAGCUAUUUAGCAGGAGAUGUGGAAAAAGGAGCUCCGUACUACCCCUGCACGGGUGAAUAUAGGAGAGCUGUAUGUGUGUAUGGGGCUGGGGACCUCCGCUGGCUCCUGAGACAACACCACCUCUUUGCAAAUAAGUUUGAUCCUAAGAUCGAUGACGUUGCCAUAAGGUGUCUAGAGUCAGUUCUGCAUUUCAAAGCUUUAGGCCAUGACCCAGUCUUAACAGAUCAACAUUCAAUUGUUUUGUGAAGCAUAUAAAAAUUGAAAUACCAGUGUCCAAUUCAUCAGUUAACACAGCAAACUUGGGAAGAUUUAGAGAAGCAUUUUAAUUUAUCAAAAUGUGAAGGAUCUUCCUCUAAAAUGUCUAAUUUUUUUCUGUUUUCUGUAUGCUGUUUUUGAUACAUCCUGCACUGCAGUAACAUUUCAUAAAUCUUCAGAUACUCUUAAUAGUAUCAGAAAAAUAUUGCAAUAGACUCUAAUUCCUUAUAAUCUUCACUUUUUUACAUCUGGGUACUAUCUGGGUUUAGUGACAAUGGAAUGCAGCAUUUACUUUAUUGAUAUAAAUGUGGUGGUGACCACACCCUCUUUUGUAAAUGGCGUUCUGAUGCGAUCUGACUUCUUUUAGUUAUGCCCACAUUGCAACCAGAUUUUUUUUAUCUGCACCGACACUAACCAAUGCACCCAGUGUGAGACGGGACUGGAUCCAAACGACUUAUUGUGUGGUGUGACUUGCCACCAAAGAUAUAACUGUACUAUAAAGGCUAGCUCACCUGCAUGAGUUGCCAUCAACGCAGUUACUUUCAUCGGGGCCAGCACGGACCUUCUGAGGAUGUCUUGUGGUGUCUGACAACAGAAUGUUGUUAAUUCGGGCCUUUGGGUCCCAUGGGUUGAGGGGAGGGACCUCUGUGGAUUAGUGGUUUGGGAUUCAGGGAAUUUGGAGGCCAGGUCAACACCUUUUGUUGCUCUCACAGUUGCAUCCUAUUGGAGAUGACUGCUACCAUCAAGGAGUGUCACUGCUAUGGGGUGGGAGGUGCCUGGUCUGGUCUAGGUAGGUGGUACAUGUCUAAGUAACAUCCACAUGAAUGCCAGGUCCAAACGUUUUCCGGCAGAACAUUGAGUUUCCACAAGAUGAUCAAUGUUAUUCACUUCCCCUGUCAGUGGUUUUAAUGUUAUGGCUGAUUGGUGUAUAUCAGUGUUAUGGCUCCUACGCCAAUAUUUCUGUGUGAUAUAUAUAUAUAUUUUUUUUUUUUUUAAAGUUGUGUGCGAGUGUGCAGCUGGUACAAACAGCACAAAACAGGAUUCUGGUGUGGAUUUAGUUAUAUUAUCAACUCUUGUUCAAUUGACAACAGAGAAAACUUAUCAAA